AUGCGUAUUCGAAACUCAGUUGUGCCCGGCUUCACGAGCUUGGUAGCUCUGGCCGACAUGGCCAUGUCCAGCCCAUCUCUGGAGCACAUAGAGAAACGAAAUGAGGCCACGCCGCAAUUCAAAAACUGGGGCGUCGUACUCUUUCGAGCUUUCGACGGCCUAGAUAUCUUUGGGCCUCUGGACGCGCUGCAGCUCUUAGCCUUCCAACGCCAGAUGAAUCUCUUUCUCAUCGCGGAAACCAUGGACCCAGUCACAUCUCAACCCUCCUCCACUGCCAUGAACACAUACAACUCGAGCUUCUGGCCAGUUAUUCUUCCGACCCACACGUUCACCACAGCGCCAAAGCUGGAUGUUCUUCUAGUGCCUGGCGGUCCUGGUGUUCGAGCACCUAAUCUGCAAAACAUUACGGACUUCAUCGCCGACCGGUACGAGAGUCUCGAGUACCUCAUCACUAUCUGUACCGGUGCCGGCCUGGCUGCCAAGUCGGGCGUGCUGGAUGGCAGGCGGGCGACAACGAACAAGUCGGCCUGGUCUACAAUCACGGCGUGGGGACCGAACGUGAACUGGAUUCGACAGGCUCGGUGGGUCGUAGAUGGUAAUAUUUGGACUUCAUCCGGGGUUACGGCUGGGUUGGACUUGACCUUUGCAUUUCUCACGGAGUUGUUUGGGUACGAGCAGUCGCAUCGCAUUGCGACUAUUAUGGAGUAUACCCCGAACACAAAUUCGAGCGAUGAUCCGUUUGGAGCUGCGCUCAACUUGACCAACGCGUAA